AUGGAUUUGAAGAAACCAAAAAGGAAGCGAAGGAACACGAAACACCAUCCAGUCUACCCACCUCCGCAUGGCAUGGAAGCUAGUGUUUCCGCAGGAGCUGAGGCAUCGGGUGACAGUGUCUUGGCUGGGUCAAGCACGGACAAGCUCAUCAGCCUGAAGCGUGCCGCAGCUUACUUCUUUAGAAAUUAUGCUGCCAGCAUCGCGUUUCACGCGUACAUUGCAUUCCUGCCAGCACUGCUAAUACCUAUUCUGGGCAAGACCACUCCAUUUAGCCGGUGGAGCUCCGAUGCAUUGACCGUUCUCACUGUGUUCGUAGCGAACGCGACGUGGAUGGAAGUGCUUGGUGUUGACUGUACUGGAGAUGCAUGCUCUGCCUUCAUGGAGGCAGCGCAAGAGAAGCAAUUUAAAGAAACACACGGGUCAUCUUUGCAUUCCGCUAAAAAAUGGCAAUGGUUCCUUGGUGGUGCGUCGGGACUCCUUGGGGCUGUAACCGUCGGUCUAGUCAUAGCUGCCUUCAGUCCAUUAAAUCCAUUCAGCGGAGUCCUGCCUCUUCCUCACGAGUUGUUUCGUCGAGUGAGAAGUGACGGGGCGUUGACGCCGUCGAUAGGUAUAGAUAUUCUGAAUGCGGUGUUGACGGAUGAACAAAGCGUUCUUGUUGCCUCGCACGUACAAACUGCAGCAGUUGCCGUUGUGGGUUGGUGCCCAAAGAUUUUUGAUCCAUUUUUGCAAAACCUGCAGAAUGUGCUGCUGUCAUUCUCUCCCAUGGAGACUUUUCGUUCCAUAAGCCUAUUACUUGAUACGUUUCUGGUGGAGUUUUUGCUCUGCUUCAUCGUCUAUUUGGUCAGUUCAGUCGUCACCUCCGCCGCUUUCUAUUUGGAACUGAGACAUGCAAAACGAAUAAACUUGGCAGUGCUUCUCCUUGCCGUCCUUGCUGGUCUUCCUUUUUGCAGGAUUGUCGGUGGCCCAAUGCUGGGGAUGUCUUUUGCUGCCUUGGUGGCGGGAUCUCGGCUCGAUCUCUUGUGCUUCAUACUCAAUGGAUCAGCAGACGUGUUGGCAGCUUUGUGUGCGACAUACUUUGUUUGCCCGGUGCCAAGGACUCAUUGUGGAAAACAAAAAGUAGACUGA